AUUUUAAUUAUGAAUACACCUAAUCAAGAGAGGAAUCCAGAAUACACUUUUAAGUUUAUCUUAAUAGGAAAUUCAAGCACGGGUAAAACAUCUUUAUUAUAAUACUUCAUAAAAUAGAAUGGUAAGAUAUUUAUCAUAAUUUUGAUCUAUAAUAAUAGCAAAAACGAAAGUUCAAUAAACAGUAGGAGUUGAAUUCGCAUCCAAGUUGAUAGAUUACAAAGGCAAGAAAAUCAAGUUAUAAAUAUGGGAUACCGCAGGAUAAGAAAGAUUCCGUUCAAUUGCUAGAACUUAUUUUAAGAACACGAUAGGAGCUAUUGUUGUUUAUGAUAUUACAAAGUAUGUUAUCUAUUUAUUCAAUUAUUUAUAGUUAGGAUUCUUUUGAUGCAUUAGAUGAUUGGAUUAGAGAUGCAAGAGAAAAUGGAAAGAGUGAACUAGAUAUUUUAGUUGUUGGCAAUAAAACUGAUCUAAUAGAUUAAAGAGUUAUAGAUAAAAAUUAGGCUGAAAGAGAAAUGAAAAAUAAAGAUGUUCUUUACAUUGAAACAAGUGCUGUGUCUGGUGAAAAUGUUGAUUAAUGUUUUUAAACAUUAAUUGAAGAGAUCUGUAAUAAAAUUGAAAAAGGUAUCUAAUACUAUAAUUAUUAUAUAGGUUUAAUUGAAAAUGAUGAAUUUAAUCCUUAAUUAAAAAAUCCAUUAAAACAGAACUUAACCAACAAAACUAACAAUGCCUAAACAUAAAGUUAAAGAUGCAAUUGCUGAGUUUUCUAUAAUUAUUAGUGUGCAUAU